CCACAAGCUCUCUUUCAUUCCACCAGAAAAAAAACCCUAAAAAUUCGAAGAAGGCCGGAGACUCGGACUACGCGAGCUCAGUUUAGGGAUUAUGUUGAUGUUUCAAGAUUUCUAGCCCAACAGGUUAAGAGAUGGGAGGAGUCUUUCUGGGCAUGCCUGGACCAUGGGCUGAGGAUAACUAUGAAGCUUCUGAUCAUUACACAACAAAAAUUGGUGGACUACCAGAUUGGCCUUUUCCUGAAUCAGACAUCAGGCCUGAUCUGCUUGAGUGUGGCGUAUGUGGAGGUAGACUUUGUCUGGUUGCACAGGUCUAUGCUCCUAUUGCAAUGGAUUCUUUAAAGGUUGAAGACCGUACAAUCUAUAUCUUGGGAUGUGCAAUGACAAAAUGUGGAAGCAGCCCUCUUAGCUGGCGUACUCUUAGAGUUCAGAAGCCACACAGUGAGGUGGAAGCUAGCCCUGCUGGUCAGAAAGCAUCCGCAUCGUCCGAAGUGGUUAAAAAUUCCAACAAGUGGUGGGAGGAGGGGUGGUGGACGGUAGGAAAUGAUGAUGGAGAUGAUGGGGAUGUGGAUCUGGAGGAGUUGGCCAGGGCGCUUUCUGAAGCUGGAUCCCUGGCUUCUCAUUCCAAAAAACAAAAUGGCCAUGCACUUUCUGACACUGUCGCAAAAGUCUCACCUAUGAAAUCGAGCAUACGAGUAAAAGAUGCCAGCAUACCAGUGGUGCCUUGCUUUUACAUCUAUUCUCAGGAAGAGCAAUCCUCAGAUGAUCUCUCUUCUGUUUGUGCCAACUACUCUUCACUUACCAUCAAAGGGAACAAAAGCUCUCUUGAUGAUGAUGAUGGAGAGGGAGAAUUGUGGGAAGCAGAAGGUUACGAAUAUGAUAGAGCUUUGGAUGCUGAUCGGACCUAUCUGAAGUUCAAGAAACGAAUGGAUGUAUAUCCAGAGCAAUGCUUCAGGUACUCAUAUGGCGGUAAGCCACUCAUAGCUACAACCAACUUGGGAGAACCCAGCACCUGUGGGGUUUGUGGCAGAUCCAGACACUAUGAGAUGCAGCUGAUGCCGCCACUCCUAUAUUUUCUACGGCAGGCUGCUGACGAUUCAUCUACACAUUCACCUGAUGAUUGGAACUGGAUGACCCUCAUUAUAUAUACUUGUACCAAUAGCUGUUCUCUCCCAUUGCCUGAAAACGGCACCAACAGCAACGGUUGGAGUGUGGUGGAGGAGGCCACUAUCAUACAGCAUGAAAAGUCCUUGCAUGGUUCUGCUCGGCUCACUUAUUUCACCUGAAUUUCAUAGUGCAGAAAAGGGAGCUCUCUUGGACAUUAACACGUAGGUGAGUUCUUCCAUAUGAUAACAAGCAUAUGCUUACAGUUAAAAAGGUUCCACCCUUUACCAGUGGUGGAAAUUAUAUGAUCCCCAACGCAGGAAUAUGCGCAAAAUCCUCAUUCUUUCAGUUUGUGCAAAUGGGUCCCGUGGUCCCAUUACCCAGCGCAUCGUUCUGCUGGAUCCCAUUGCUGCAGAAAAAGGAAGUUUAACAUUUGUUAAGCUGCAGCCACUUAUUCUGCAUUUUUUGUAUUCUCCUUGUGUAUAAAGUAGUCUGUGUUGUCUGUUGGACACCAUGGGUGCCCGCAAACAGUUGUUGGCAUGUGCCAACAGCCCUUUUCUCCUUUUAAAAGGAAGGGAUUUACCAACA